AAGCGAUAAUGUUGUUUAAAUUAAACACAGUUAAAUUUGUAAUCGCAGUCUUGGUUUUCCACUAUACUAAUCUAUGUGAAUAAUACGAUGUUCGAUCAUGCUGAAAUCGUAGUAUCUAUGGAGGAUACAAAAAAUGAGACUAUGGAAGAAGUAAAUGUAACUUUAAAGCCUGAAGAAGCUGAAUCUCAAGCAAAAAUAGUGAAAAGUGAUAUCAAAGAGCAGAUUGAAAGCAAGAAAAAUGUAGAGUUAAUGGAAGAAGUUGUAAAAGAACAAAAUGACAUUAAAAAUGAUGUUGAAGAGGAGUGUGGAGAUCAAAAGGACAUAGAAUUUCAUGAGGAAAUUAUAACUGAAUUACAAUCAGAAAUUGUAAUUGAGUCGCAGACAGAGAUUGUAACAGAAUCACAGCUAGAAAUUGAAACUGAAUCAGAGUCAGACAUAAUCAACUGUGAAGAAGCUGAGAAUAGAAAAGAUGCAGAACUUUCUGAAGAAAUUUUAACAGAAGACCAAGAAAAUUUAGUUAUGAGUAUGGAUGAUAAUACUGGAGAUUCAGUGAAUAUAGAAACAGCAAGCGAUAUUGAAAUGGAUAAUGAAAAAGUAAAGAUAACUGAUGCACAGGAUUUAGAGUUAAAUAAAAAUGAGAUCAAUGCUAAUAAGCAACAAUUGGAAGAUAAUUUAAAGGAUAUUAACAAAGAUAAUUUAAAAGAUAUUUUAGAAACUGCCAGUAAUGUGGAAGAGAUAUUCUCUGAAGAACGGUGCCAAAGUACACAGGAUAUUGUUACAAGUAUAUUAGAUGAUGUAAGAAGUGCAACUGACUUCAAAAAUAUUUUAAACACAGAAACAGUUGUAACGAAUGAAAUAGAAGAGGCCCUGCAAGAAUCUGGAAAUUUACCAUUAGCUGAAGCUGAAAUUGAAGAAUUAACUAAAAAAUUGCCACAGGAUUCCGAAGAUAUCUUGAACAAAGAUAUGGAGGAUUCGAUCUCAGAACACAUAGAUUCUCUAGAAGGAUUGUUAGGCCUAGAUUUAAUGCCAGAAGGAGAUGAUUCAUCGUUAAAAUCAACAAAAACUGAAGAGGAUCUUCAGAAGUCAGAUCAGUUAUCAAAGGUUGUGGACAUGAGUCUUUUGUUAGAACAUUCAGAUCCCACUUCUGACAUGACACAAACAUCUGAUUACAUUACACAUGUAAUCAGUAGUUGUUUAGAAGAUAGAAGUCAUAUAUCAUUAGAGAAAUCUAAUGCAAUUGAAAUUAAUGAUGAUAAAGUUAAAGAACCUGCAGCUAGUAAUAUGUUGGAAAUCAAUGAAAGCGUAAUUAGUGAAUCUAUAGGCAAAGAUGAAAAUGUUGAAGAUUUGCAGAAAGAUUUAAAAGAAGGUACUGAUUUGACAGAAAAUGAAUUGGACAUGGAUUUUGAAGAAGCUCAGCUGGAAUCCGUAGGUGAUCUUGAAGAAAUAGAAUCACAAUCAGAAAUAGAUAAAAGCGAUCUUGAAGGAGAAACUGAAACUACAAAAGAUGCAAGAGUUUCUGAAGUAAUUGUAGCAAAAAGUCAAGAAAAUUUAAUUACUAGUCUGAAUGAUAAUAAUACCGCAGAUUCAACAAAUGUGGAAACAGCAAGUGAUAUUGAAAUGGAAUUGGCUUCAGAUAUCUUAUUGCACAACGUAGAUCACAGUAGUAAAAAUAUGGAUGAUUUGCAAAAGAAUUUAAGAGAGGAUACUGAUUUGGCAGGAAAUGAAUUAGACAUUGAUUUUGAGGAAGCUCAACUAGAAUCCAUAGAUGAUCUUGAAGAAACAGAAUUACAGACAGAAAUAAUUAAAAGUGAUAUUGAAGAAAUGGAAUCACAGACAGAAAUAGUUAAAAGUGAUCUUGAAGAAACUGAAUUGCAGAUGGCAAUUAAAAGUGAUCUUAAAGAAACUGAAUUAGAGAUGGAAACAUCUAAAAGUGAUCUUGAAGAAACUGAAUUGGAGACAGAAACAUCUAAAAAUGAUCUUGAAGAAACUGAAUUGCAGAUGGCAACAACUAAAAGUGAUCUUAAAGAAACUGAAGAAACAGAAUCACAGACAGAGAUAGCUGAGGGCAAUGUUGAUUCUAUAAUUAGAAAUGAUGUAGAACUUCCUGAAGAAAUUAUAACUGAAUCACAGUUGGAAAUAAAUAAAAUUGCUAUUGAAGAAGAACCGGAAAAUAAAAUGGAUACAAAUGCUAUUGAAGAAAAAUUUGAGAAUAAAAUGGAUACAAGUGAUGUUGAAGAAGAAUUUGAGAAUAAAAUGGAUACAAGUGAUGUUGAAGAAGAAUUGGAGAAUAAAAUGGAUACAGAACUUAUUGAGCAAUUUACAACUGAAUCAGAACCAGAAGUAAAUAAAAGUAAUGUUGAAGAAGAAUUUAAAAAUAAAAUGGAUAUAGAAAUUACUGAACAAAUUAUAACUGAAUCACAGCUAGAGAUAAAUAAAAGUAAUGUUGAAAAAGAAUUUGAGGAUAAGAUGGAUACAAAACUUACUAAAGAAAUUACAAUUGAAUCACAGUCAGAAAUUACAAUUGAAUCACAGUCAGAAAUUACAAUUGAAUCACAGUCAGAAAUUACAAUUGAAUCACAGUCAGAAAUUACAAUUGAAUCACAGUCAGAAAUUACAAUUGAAUCACAGUCAGAAAUUACAAUUGAAUCACAGUCAGAAAUUACAAUUGAAUCACAGUCAGAAAUAUAUGCAAAUGAUGAAGAAACAACUGCAGAUAAGAAGAAAACAGAACAUAUCGAGGAAAUUGUAGGCAAUCUGCAGCCAGAAAUAGUUAAAAGUGAUAUUGAAGAAGAACGUGAGAAUAUUCUUGAGAAAGUAGUAACAGAAGAACAAGAAAAUUUAACUAUUAAUAUGGAUUGUGAAAUUGAAAGUUUAUCAAAUGUGGAAGAGUCAAAUAAUAUUGAAACAGGAUUGAUUUCAGAUAUACUGUUGCAUAAUGUGGAUCAAGAUAACAAGAAUGAAAAUACUGAGAAUUUGCAGAAAGAUUUAAAAGAGGAUAUUGACUUGACAGAAAAUAAAUCAUUUGUGAAUUCUGAGGAAGCUGCAGUAGAAUCCGCAGGUAAUUUUGAAGAAAUAGAAUUACAGUCGGAUCCAGUCAAAAUCAUUAUUGAAGAAGUGUCUGAAAAUCAAAAGAAUCCAAAAAUUCAUACAGAGAUUAUAACUGAAUCACAACUAGAAAUUGUAACCAAAUCUCAGUCAGAAACAGAGAAAAAUAAUAUUGAAGAGGAACAUGAAAAUAAGAAAGAUAUAGAACUCUCUAAAGAACUCGUAGCAGAAGAUCAAGAAAAUUUUGAUGUUAAUACUUUAAAUUCAUCAGAUGUGAAAAGACCAAAUGAUAUUAAAACAGAAUUAAUUUCAGAUAUACUGUUGCAUAAUGUGACUCAAGAUAACAAAGAUGACAAUGUUCAGGAUUUACAGAAGGAAUUGAAAGAGGAUGUUGAUUUGGCAAAAAAUGAACUGAACAUGGAUUUUGAAGAAGCUCCGCUGGAAUCUAUAACUAAUCUUGAAGAAAUAAAAUCACAACCAGUAAUUGUAAAACAUGAUGUUGAAGAGGAAUCUGAAAAUAGAAAAAAUGUAAAUCUUUUUGAAGAAAUCAUAGCGGAAGAUAAUUCAAGAAAUGAUAAUCUAACAGAAGAUAAUCCGGUAGAAGGUAAUCUAGCAGAAGAUAAUUUAACAGAUGAUAAUUUAGCACAAGAUGCUGAUAAUCUAGCAAAGUGCAAUCUAAUAGAGGAUAAUUUAGUAAAACACAAUGUAGUAGAGAGUAAUGUAAUAGAAGAUAAUUUAGCAUUAAAUAAUGUUACAGAAGAUAGUCUAUCAGAAAAUAAUCUUACAGAAGAUAAUCUAGCAGAAGAUAAUGUAGUAGAAAAUAGCCUUGCAGAAGACAAUGUAGCAGAAAAUAGUCUUGCAAAAGAUAAUGUAGCAGAAAAUAGUCUUGCAGAAGAUAAUGUAGCAGGAAAUAAUCUUGCAGAAGAUGAUCUAGCAGCAGAGAAUUUAGUUACUGAUAUGAAUGACAAUACUACAGAUUCACCAAAUGUGGAAAGAUCAACUGAUAUUGAGAUAGAAUUGUCUUCGGACAUCUUGUUGCGUAAUGUGGAUCAUGAUGAAAAUUUAGACGAUGCUCCGACUGUCAUAGAAACAUCUCAACCUAGUUCUGAAAUAUCCGAACUUGAAUCAGCUGUUAAAUUUCUGCAAGAGUCUGAAGAACAAGCAAUGGACUCCCCGUUGGUAUUAUCUCCCAAAAUGAUGGAAAGUGUCGUAGAAGAUAUAUCGAAACAGGCAGAUGCAUCAUCUUUGUUUGUACACGAAGAUAUGUGCGAGAAUACGUCAGAAUUGGAAGCGGAACUGCAGAAAAUUGCAACGGAUUCUAUUUCCAUUUCUGAAGCAGAGAUUAUCUCGGAAGCUGCAAAACUGGAAAGUGAAAGGAAACUUGUCGAACAAAUUAAGAUUGAUGCUUUGAAAGGUAAGUUUGAGAUAGAUGAUGAUAAAGAAACAAUAAAUGAAGAUGUAAUCGAGGAGAAAGUAACAAUGUCUUCUGAGACAAAGUUCGAUGUAACAACUUUAGAGAAUAUUGAGAUGCAGCAAGUAUCAAACUUAGAAAGCAAUAAGGUAUCUGAAACAAUAGUAACUUUAUCCCAGAAUGUGUUAAAGACAUCCGAAUCUAUACCAAAAGUUUCUAUUUUAGAGGAACGUUUAAAAGAACCACCUAAGAUAGAAAUUCCUACUACAGACGUGACAAAAGUUUCAAUGUCUCCGAGUAUCUCCAAAGACAGUCUUUUGAUUCAAAAGGAUGCAAAAUUAAUUGCCUAUCAAAAAAUGUUAGAGUCACCGAAGAUAUCUGAUAAAUCAGAGCCGAAGUUUGUUGAAACAUCUCGAAAAGAUCCUGAAAAACACGAUUUCGAAAAUGUUGGAUCACCAAGAAUUAUUCUAAAGAUAGCAAAGUCCGCAAUCACUGAUUGUGGCGAGCCGAGAUCUCCUAAAAGUCCAAAGAUCAGAUCAGCGACCAAUUCACCGAAUCCUGAAGAUAGCCCGGGUCAAAAACUGGGUAAAAUAAAAUUGAAAUUAUCUAAAGGGGGUCAUCCCUCUAUAAUAUCCAAUGAGAAUAUCGAAGAACUUGGACAAUGGUAUUCGGAAGGCUCGUCAUCAUUAUCUCCUCUUGGUAUGAAGAUUAAAUUUUCAAAAUCUGGGGAUGCAUCUAUAGUUUCCACUGAAAAACAUGAAUCGGUUGAUGAUUCUAAAGAAGGUAAAUAUAAAUUUGAAGAAACUAUGCGGACAGAAUCACCAAUUGGAAUGAAAAUCAAGUUGUCAAAAAGCGGUGACGCAUCUAUAGUGCAACAAGAUACAAAAGAGAUGCAAAUAAAGCACAAAGAUAAGUUGGAUAUUGUUCAGGAAAGUCCAAAGAGAACGGAAUCUCCAAUCGGAAUGAAGAUUAAGCUUUCUAAAACUGGAGACGUCUCGAUAAUACAAUCCGAAAGGCAAGAUUUUUCAGAGGAAUAUAAAGAUAAUCUACAAAUGAAACCAAAGGAAAAACUCGAAUCAUGUUACGAUUCUCCCAAAAGAACUGACUCUCCUAUAGGAAUGAAAAUCAAGUUGUCUAAAAGUGGGGAUGCCUUAAUUGUUUCUCCUGAUUUGCCAGAAGAAAGUAAAGAUGUCAGCAAAAUGAAAGAUAAAUUAGAGUCAUCUCCAGAAAUUCCAAAGAGAACGGAAUCCCCAAUCGGAAUGAAGAUUAAGCUAGCAAAAACGAAGGGUGGCGGAGCUUCUAUAAUAUCAGUAGAAAAUUCUGAAGAGGCAAAAGACAUUCCAGAUAUUCCUAAACGAACGGAAUCACCACUUGGAAUGAAGAUUAAAUUAUCUAAAACAGGUGACGCAUCGAUCGUUCAUUCAGAAGUGUUAGACGAAAUUAAAGAUAAAUUGGAUACAGUACAAGAUACAUUAAAAUCAUUGGACCCACCAUAUAUUGAGAGCUCACAAGAAGAACAAUCAGUAGAAACCAUGCAUGAAGCUUUAAAAGUUGAAUCGCCCCUUGGUAUGAAAAUCAAGCUUUCUAAGUUUGGUGAUGCAUCUAUAGUUUCUUUAGAAAAGCAAGAACAAGUGGAAGGUAGUCCCAAGAGAACAGAAUCACCUCUUGGUAUGAAGAUCAAAUUAUCUAAAACUGGUGACGCUUCUAUCAUACAAACUGAUAUAUCUGAAGAUGCAAAUAAAACAAUACGAACAACCGAGACAGAACAUUCUAAAACUGACGCUUCUCUAGGUAUGAAGAUAAAGCUGUUGAAAACUGGAGACGCCUCUAUAGUGGAUUCAGAGAAGAAAGAUAAAGAACAGAGACGUCGAGACACUGAAUCAUCUCUAGAGAUGAAGAUUAAACUAUCUAAAACGGGUCAUCCAACGAUUGUAGCUUGUGACAAUCAAACAGAAAUAUACAAGUCCAAGGAAGCUGUUGAUCCAUCUCAAAAUCUUGUUCAAAGAUACAAAGAGGUUGGACAAGUUAUACAUAAAGAAUCUGCUCUAAAGAUUCUUAAAGCUGGACAUUCAACCAUUUUGCAAAGUAAUCGUUCAGAACUGACCAUCGAGCCGGUGCAAAUACAGGGAAAGAAAUUAGAGAGUGUGGUUGAAAUGUCUCCGAAGCGCAAGGAUAUUACCAUCGCACCGAUCGAUUCGAAAAAAUCUAAAUUGGAAACUCAACUCACUCAAAUUUUACCUGAGGUUACUAUCCAGCCAGUGACGUCCAGGGAACAGAAGCAAUUCCUGUUCGAUCCAAAAAACAGUGCGAUCAGUCUCCAACAGAUGAAUGUGAUAAAUCAGGAAAUCAGUAUUACUCAAGUGAGACCAGAAAAAUCGUCCGAUGUUUCUAUGAACGAGAAACUGAAGGAUAUUCUAUCAAAGAGCGUAUCUGGCUCCCCGUUGAAUUCUGACUGUGAAAUUAUAGAACAUCGACCAGAAUUGAUAAUAGUAAACGAGAACUCAAAUUCUAGCCAGGAUGUUGUGAUAAUAGAAGAAGUAACUCCCAAUAGAAUGCCGGAAGUUAAAGUGCCCAAGAAAAGAGGUAGACCCAGAAGGAAUCCAUUACCACAAGGAAUUUCUCAUCCUCCGCCUCAUAUGUUAAUACCUAGGGAUCCUUUGUCUUUAGACGAUACACAACAAAUGCAACAACCACAAGUACCUCACUUCCAAGAAUCCAGAGAAAAUGAAAGACCUAAAAGAACCUGCAGGAGCCAGAAGAGUUAUGCACCUCCUAGAAGAGGUAGAGGACGAGGUAGAGGAAAACGGAAAUUGGACACUGUGGAUCCACAAAUUAUGAAAAAGCCUAGGAUAGAACAAGAUUUAAACGCGAUAGAAGCUUCUACGACAGCUGUAAUAACAAUAGACGAUUCUGGAUUGCAUCAAGAAUCCUUCGGAAAGUCAUCGGAGUUGUAUAAAGCUCUUAAGCAACCAGCAAUAGAUUCCAAGAUUGCUAAUUCUUCAGGCUCCACGAGUAUGCAAUCGGAAACGAACAAAACAUCGGAGAUGCGGCUGCCUAAACCAAUAUCAAAUGACGUCACAAUUAAGGAUAAAAGAUUGGCCGAAAUAGUUCCUGAGAGAGUGCAAAAGACUGCAACGAAAGUGGAUUCCGAUAACAAAUUUGAUAAACCAACGGAUAAUACAAAAUUGGAGAAAGAUAUGUUAAUACCACCUGGGCAUCCGAAUUGGUUAACACCAGUAUCGAAACGAACAGAAAAUACAAAACAUGAGAAUAUGUCUACAGUACAAGUGAUAGAUGAGGAAACAAGAAUGAGUGCAGAAUCAGGUUCCAGAUCUCAGACUCCAGCUAGAAAUAUUUCUGCACCAGCUUCUGAAACUAUAAUAAAUGAGGAGUCUCAAGGAAGUGUACUUAGUACUGCAACUACAGAGUCAGAAAAAGUAAAGGUCAAAAAUAGAAGAAUGGAAAUUAAUUUUGAUCCAGACGAAGGACCAUUUACUGUUGACAAAAUUGCUGAAUAUGAAUGGCCACUUGACCGUAAAGGUGAAACUUUUAUGAUACAAGAACAAAUAUCUCAAUAUCUUGGUGUAAAAUCUUUCAAAAGAAAAUAUCCAGAUUUGAAGAGAAGAGUUGUGGAUAUGGAAGAAAGAAAUUAUUUGAGAGAAAAUGGUUUGGUUAGCGAGGCAAUGUGUGAUAUGGGUUUAACUGCUAUAUGCAGCUCAGAAGUAUUAGAUGUAAUGUGUAGUGAUUUCCCAGAUCAGUACGAAGAAUAUCGCAAGCAUAUGCGCGAGAAACAAGUAAAAGAACAUUCCAAAAAACAAAAAGAAUUAACAGCAGCUGCAAAUGCAGAAAAAAAUAGAAUUGAUCUAGCAGAAAUGGCAGUACAAUCUGCAUUAUCUUGGAAUAUGAGUUUAAAUAAUGAUCGACGGGAAAAUAGGAAGUGUAGUUUAGAUUUACAAACUUUCACAAUCCACGUGCCAAAGAAACAACAAGAAGUUGAAUCCGAACGAAGAAUUGGUCACUACCCUGUUGCGUUGAUACCAGGACAAUAUACAGAUUACUAUCGAGAAUACACACCAGCUGAGUUGCGAUAUUAUCCUUUAAAUACUGUCCUCUAUGGUCCUAUGAGACCAAAUGAACGUAAAUUUGAUAGUCAAUCAGAAGGAUCUCAAAGUGAUAGCGAUAGUGAUUCAUCUUCAGAUGAUUCAAGUUCAUCUUCUAGCGAGGGUACGCAGGAUACCGAAGGCUCUCAAUCCACGAUGGACGACGUAGAUAUGGAAAUAGCAAAUCGAAAAGAUGAAAUAAAGUUAAAAUGCAAGAUGUGUUUGAAGACCUUAAAUAAACACAGUAAAAAUGAAGUAUUAAUUCAGUGUGGUACAUGUAAUGGACAUGUUCAUCCAUCGUGUAUAGAUUUAACAUUAGACAUGGUUCCUCAUAUUCAAUCAUAUGCAUGGCAGUGCACAGAUUGUAAAACUUGUGCUCAAUGUCAUGACCCUGCAGACGAAGAUAAAAUGUUAUUUUGUGAUAUGUGCGAUAGGGGGUAUCAUAUUUACUGUGUUGGUCUCCGACGAGUACCCCAAGGAAGGUGGCAUUGUCAAGAAUGUGCCGUCUGUGUAAAUUGUGGCUCAAGAGAACCUGGUGGUAUAAAUUCUGAUAGAAAUAGUGUUGCUCAGUGGCAACAUGAAUAUAAGAAAGGUGACAAGAAUACUCGUGUUUAUGUUUCAACGUUAUGCGUCCCAUGCUCAAAGCUAUGGCGAAAGGGUCGCUAUUGCCCGCACUGCAGUCGCUGUCAUACUGCUCCAAGACUCGACCUGGAAGCGAAUCUAGUGCAUUGCAGCGCAUGUGACAAAUAUCUGCACUUAGGUUGCGUGGAGACCAAGGGAAUGCCAUUAGACAGGAAAAAUUAUCUAUGUGACUUUUGUGCACCAAAUCGUCAGCAAAUGGUAAAAUCAUUAAUAUCGAGAACAUUUAAAACAUAAACGAAAACAAAAUUUAUAUUUGAGCUCGAGAAGUGUAUAAAAUAUGAAACCUACUUAUCUAGAAAAUUUGAUAAAAUAGAAAUUUUUUAUUUA